CAAAAUAUACAGGUCGGAGCUUCUUCAUCUUUCUUCCCCAUACAUUCCUUUUUCAAAUAAUCUUAAUAUUCCUCUCUUUCUUACAACCCACCCGCAGUUUCCUAGGACAAAGAAGAGGAAACAUUUAAAGGAUGAGUUCAGGUGCAAGCACAUUUUUAACCAGAUGGAUCAAUUUCUUGACAAUGCUUUUAGCUGUGGCUGUUGUGAUUUUUGGAGUGUGGAUGAGCAAACAUCACGAUGGUUGUCAUAAAUCAUUAACAAUUCCUGUUCUUUGUCUGGCUGCAAUUAUAUUUCUUGUGUCCAUUACUGGGUUCUUGGGUGCAUUGAAGAACAACUCUAUCUUGCUAUGGAUUUAUUUGAUCUUGCUAUGCUGUAUCUUGCUGGUUAUCUUAAUGUUCACAGUUUUAGCGUUCAUAGUAACAAACAAUGGAUCGGGUCAUAGAACAACUGACUUGAGAUAUAAAGAGUAUCAUCUUCAAGAUUACAGUCCAUGGUUUCUAAAACAGCUGAAUAAUACACACAAAUGGGAAGAAUUGAGGAGUUGUCUUGUGAAAUCUGCUGAUUGUAUAAGCUUGUCUCGGAAAUAUAAGAAUCUUAAACAAUAUAAGGAAGCAAAACUUACACCUAUUGAAGGUGGUUGUUGCAGACCUCCAUCCGAGUGUGGUUUUCCUGCUGUUAAUUCGUCGUACUAUGACUUGAGUUUUCAUCCGAUUAGUUCAAAUAAAGAUUGCAAAGUUUACAAAAAUGCAAAGGCAAUUAAGUGCUACAACUGUGAUUCCUGCAAGGCGGGAGUUGCUGAAUACAUGAAAAUGGAAUGGACAGUUGUGGCGAUAUUUAACGUUGGCCUAUUUGUUAUCUUGUUGCUUAUCUACUUUGUUGGAUGCUGCGCAAGACGAAAUCUUGGAAAUAGAAGAAGAUUUUCAAAAGUUUGAGCACAGAAGGAGUUUGAUAGUUUAUUCUUUGUAUUUAGGAAUAUUGUUGAUAUAAUCACAAGGAGAAAAUGAAUGUUUUGUUUUUUUGGUAUUUCCUUUUUCAAUUAAAAAUUCAUCAAAAUUAAAGACA